CCAAGAUCGAAACCCCAGGACCCCUAUCCAUUCUGAAGCCGACUCAGAACUGUGUUGAGGCUUAUCCAGCUGAUCUCAACGAAGAUUUACAUACGUUCCAGACCCCCACGUGUAACUUGUAAAAGGGAAAAGGGUUGGUGGAGUAUUAUUCCAAAGACAGGCGCCCCCUUUUUUUCUUUUUUUUCCUUAACCCUAGACUAGGUAGAUAUGGGGUUAAAAGGCAAUGGCACUAAUAAUAAAACCUGCCCCGGCGAAAAUUUUCGCAAACAUUCAAAACGCGGACACGAGACCCUGAAGUUUUCUUUCCUUCUCUCUAUCUUCUCUAGAGACAGGUGAAUUGCAGGUCAUUCGAGGAGUAUUCAGCCGAGAAUACUGAAAAGUCGCCUAAGCUGGUCCAUACUGCUGCUAUCGGCUUAAAGCAGAUCCAUUAGUUAUGUCGACAGUUACUACUCAGACUGAAGCGCCUGUCGCGAGGUCUCGCGUAGUGCAGUUGAAAACCAAGUCAGAGCAGCCGGCACUGCCAGACAUUAACACUAUCCGAAAGGCUAUUCCUCCUCACUGUUUCCAGCCUUCAACAUGGAGAUCGCUAGGCUAUGUUGCGCGGGAUCUCGCCAUGGCCGCCGCACUUACCUACGGGGCCUUGACAUAUAUCCCUUCUGUAUCUAAUCCAGCCUAUCGUACUUCUCUGUGGGUUGUCUACGGAUUUCUCCAAGGUCUCGUCGGUGUCGGGCUUUGGAUCUUAGCGCAUGAGUGCGGGCACGGCGCUUUCUCAGUCCAUCGACGUCUUAAUGACACAGUUGGCUGGGUUUUGCACUGCGCUUUGGGUGUACCUUACUUCUCGUGGAAGUUCUCUCACGCUCGCCAUCACCGUUUCACCGGCCAUAUGCAGAAGGAUAUGGCUUUCGUCCCGCAGACGAAGCCCUCCUGGUUUGUUCGAUCGCUAGGAGAUGCUUUGAGUUCUUUCGUCAACGCUGAAGUUCUGGAGGAUGCGCCUCUGGUGAAUCUGAUCCGUCUACUCGGCCAGCAACUUGGAGGGUGGCAAGUGUAUAUGCUUCUCAACGCAACGGCUGGAGAUGAUAGCAUGCAGAACUUGGAGGCCAAAUGGUGGAGGCGCAGCCACUUGGAUCCUUUCAGCGGAGUAUUCCGCCCCCAGGAAGCUCUCUACGUUCUGAUUUCGGAUGUGGGCCUUGCACUUGUAGCUGCAGGCCUCUACUAUAGCUCGUUGGCUCUUGGGUGGCAAACCGUGUUCCUCUUAUACGGAGUUCCGUAUCUCUGGGUGAACCAUUGGCUAGUUGCUAUUACCUAUCUUCACCAUACACACAAGGACGUCCCUCAUUAUGACGGUGAACGAUGGACUUUUGUAGCCGGAGCUUUAGCUACUGUUGAUCGUGAUUUUGGCUGGAUUGGCCGCCACAUAUUCCAUGGUAUUAUCGAUACCCACGUCGUGCACCACCUGUUCUCGAAAAUUCCUUUCUAUCACGCCGAAGAAGCCACCAGAGCGAUUAAGCCUCUUCUCGGUGAUCUCUACCACAGCGACGAGCAUUCAUUUAUGGGCUCAUUAUGGGAAACAUCUCGUACUUGCCAAUACGUAGAAAGCGACCCGACCAACCCGGGAGUUAUGAAAUGGGCUAAAUAGACUUUUCUGAAGAGUUAGAAGGUUCAGCACCAAUCGCGACGAACUCUCUAGAGUUUAGAACACAUUAGAGAAGCAUAGGCAUGGAGCAACAUAGAGUAUAGACAUGAAUAGAAUUUUCAAGAUGUAUUGUGUUGACGA